CGGGCUGGUUUCGGUGCCGCCCUCGUCUCACUCCGGUAUAAAGACUGUGACGCGGCGUCGCCAACAACAAACGCUGCAAACACUGAUCGGACGCGCAGGGGAUUCGGGAGUAACAGGAUUACUAUGAGUCCAGAGGAAAGCUUCGGAUCCAGCGAAAACAGGAUGCAGUCGGUGGGUCUGGCUCUGGAGGAGCUGCUGGUGACGGCACAGAAGCAGGACUGUCUGACCAUCGGCAUCUAUGAAUCAGCCAAGCUUCUAAACGCGGAUCCGGACAGUGUGGUUCUGUGCGUCCUGGCUGCCGACGAUGAAGACGACGUGGGGCUGCAGAUCCACUUCACCCUGCUCCAGUCGUUCUGCUGCGACAUCGGCAUCACCAUCCUCCGGGUUUCUGGGGUUCAGAGGCUCCGACAGCUGCUGGCAGCGGUGCACGCCAACAAAAACCAGGAAGAGCACGGAGACUUCCACUGCAUGCUGGUUACGAACCCUCAGGUUGACCACUGCAGGCUACAGGAGGUGGGCACGUACUGCCAGGAGAGCCGACGCCUCGACCAGUGGGUGCCUGAACUGGUCCUACACGAGCGAUGAGGGGCCCAGCGCCAAGUCGCCCACAAGCACGCGAGCUCCAGAUACGGAUACCGUGAAAGUUCGGAUGUGCUUCGAGCAGGGACCUUCUCAGAAAGGCUGCCCUGGAAAAAAACCAGCAGGAACCGAACAACCCCUACAGUGGCUGGCGAGUCGGUGGUGGAGGACACUGGUGCUGUGCAGAUUCCCACCCAGGCCGUUAUUUUUACACAAACAUAGGCUCCUGUGUUGUACCGGGGGCCAUGCUCAAUGUUUCCGGGGCGUGGUAUUAGUAAAGAGGAGGAAUAGUAACUGUGAAAACAAAACCUUCACACCCCUGCUUAGCCCAGACUACCUACGUGCUUCAAAAACAACUGGUCAGGAAUGUUGCAAGAGUGAAACUAUGCCCAACAUUCCUGUGCAUCCUGCCAUGGGAGAGUCCUUGGAGAUUGUGUGUGUGUGUGUGUGUGUGUGUGUGUGUGUGUGUGUGUGUGUGUGUGUGUGUGUGUGUGUGUGUGUGUGUGUGUGUGUGUGUGUGUGUGUGUGUGUGUGUGUGUGUGUGUGUGUGUGUGUGUGUGUGUGUGUGUGUGUGUGUGUGUGAGUGAGAGAGAAUGCGUGGUAUGCGUGCGUGGACGGCACUCGUGUCUUACUUUAGAAAGAGACUGGGCGUGAUGCGUGUGCGUUCUGCAAAUGAGCAGCUGAAACUGCAGAGGAGUCGUCGCCAUGGAAACUGAAAUGGAAAAGAUAGAGUUAAGUCGCACAGAAUGCAUUGGCAUCUUGCGUGGAUGGGGGUGCGGAAUGAACUGUGUCAACUUUAAAUUAUUAUUGUGCAAAAGACUAUUUGUGCCUUCAAGAAUGUUGCCUUUUGAUAAAAUGCUGGUGAACUGAUAUUAACUGGUUGCAUUGCUAAUUUAUUAAUUGUAUCAAUUGUUUGUCUAACUAUUUAUGGUCAUUAAAUUAAUUUGUUCUCUACAAA